AUGGGCAACGGGUCUUCUUCGCAGCAGCAGCAGCACCCGGCAGCGCGUCCGAACCGACAGACGCGCGCGUCGCAGUCAGCGCAGAGGCCGGCGGCCGCCGGCGCGAGCGCAGCAGCCUACCCGGGUGCCAAUCACCAGGCGGCGAUCAACGCGUCGGCGCGGCCGAACGGCGUGCCACUCGCGCAGGUGCAGGCGCAGCUGCUCGAGGGGAUGCGGCCUGAGCAGAGCGGCGGGUACGGCUACAACCCCCAGCGCGCGGUGGCGCCGCGGCCCACGGUUCAGAAGACCGUCACCAUCCGCAACGAGGUCAACCUCAAGAAGCCGAGCCUCUGCGCGACGCCGCACCCGGACGACCCGUCCAAGCUGCUGCUCGAGUUCAAGUUUGAUGCGUCGGCCGACUGCCAGAUCGGCGUCUACUACUUGGCGACCGAGCCGGCCAAGGCGGACGGUGCCGGUGCCGGCGCCGGCUACUCGCCAAAGGACGCCGGCUCGACGCCUCCAAAGGAGGAGCGGCGGAAGGGGCUCGGGCAGAGCUACAAGGUGCCCCUCUCGCACCCGCUCGACACGGGCGCCUACUCAGAGGCGGAGCUCUGCUGGCAGCCCGCGCGCGCGGCGCCCGCGGGGCGGGAGGACCGGUAUCCGAUCAUCGUCUGCCUCGAGGCAACCUCGACGCAGAGCGGCUCCGCGCAGUCGCAGACCACCUUCGCGACCCUCGCGCGGAUCGUCGGCGAGGGGGGCGGCGGGGGGGAGGCGGAGUGGGUCGUCAAGCCCCUCAAGCAAAAGAUACAGGUGGGGGCCUCCUCGUACGAGCUGCAGGAGAUCUUUGGCAUCGACCAGAGCCGCGAGACGCGCGCGGGGGCGGCGGGCGCGGCGGGCGCCUCGUCGGCGGCCGGCGCUGCUGGCGACGAGGACAACGGCGCCGAGUGCGUCAUCUGCAUGAGCGAGCCCAAGGACACGACCGUGCUGCCCUGCAGACACAUGUGCAUGUGUGCCAGCUGCGCGCGCUCGCUGCGCGUGCAGUCGAACAAAUGCCCGGUUUGCCGCAGCACGAUAGACUCGCUUCUGCAGAUCAAGGUGUCGAAGGGCUACUCCUCGCGUGAAAACUCCUCCUCCUUGGGCGCGGCCGCGGUGCCUGCUGCGGGUGCGUCUGCCGCUGACCAGCCGGAGGACGGGGUGGCACCGCCCGCUCCAGCCGCCGCAACCGCCGCUCCGACAGCAGCCGCGGGCGAGGGUUCGGCCGACGCGGGCGAGGGUUUGGCCGACGGGAGCGCUGCCGCUGCAGGCGAGCGCGACGCCACGCCGCCUCCUGGCGAGGCGGAAGUCCCGUGA